AUGAGGUGCUGCGUCCCUGGAUGUAAAAAUGACUCGAGAUACAGCUCCAAGUCCCUAGGAAUCACAUUUCAUGUAUUUCCCAAUGAACCAUCUUUGAGGACGAUUUGGUUACAAUCUCUUGGUAAGAAGGAGACUUGGGAGCCCAAAGAGAGAAGUACUGUGUGCUCUGAGCAUUUUCUCUGUAGUGAUAUGUACGUAACUAAGAAUGGGCUGCGUAAAAUACGGACUGGUGCUGUGCCUUUAAUAUUACAGGAUACAAGCAACUGUGAAUAUUGGGAGCCAGCUGCUUCAAAAGUGUGCCGAAUAUGUCUAGUGAUGGACAAAAAGCUAUUCCCAAUCAAGACACAUACGUUUGAAACAGCAUAUGAACAUUUGACAGGACAGUCGAUAUCGGCAGAAACCCGAUUACCUCAAAAAUUAUGUGCAGAAUGUACCCAGAGGUUGCAAAACUGCAAUAACUUUCGUAUCAAAAGUUUGAGAGCCAACACUCUCAUGAUGGGGUUACUUAAGAAACACGACCACUUAACCAUCAAAAACAUACAGUCAAUAAACCGCGAGAAUAACCAGCUCUCAUCAAAUCUUACCACAAGCACUCGAACCGAUCACUUUGACUUACUUAUAAUAGAAGACAACAAAGCCGAAGCAGAAUGUCUAGAAAAUGACCAGUUAAUCGAAGAUUUUAAAAGCGAAGAACAAUUGGUUAAAGAAGAAAUUUCUGUACCAGCCCCAGAUGUAGUCACAGUUAAUAACGAAGAAAGCGCCGUCUACGAUCCGGCCCCUGAAGAAGAAAAUUCCAACCACGAAGAUUUCGACAAUACUAAAGACCUAGAUUAUUCUUCAGAUGACAGUCUUCCAUUAGAACUGGCAAAAUUGAAAAGUCGUGGUGGCGGCAAGACAAAGAAAGCUAGGUGCAUUAGAAAGAGAAAAAAGACUGAGAAGAUAAUACCGGAUACUCCCAAAAUAGACAGGCGAAGGAAACCUUUCCUGAACGAUGACUUGAAUGAAACUUUGUUCACUAUAACCGAUUUGACUGUCGAAGAACAGAUUGCUGAUGUAGAGAAGAGACGGGACAGCUCUAACUUUAAGAAUAGCAUAUAUAAAUGUUUGGAGUGUUAUAAAGGAUUUUUGGAUGAAGACGCUUAUAAUUCGCACAUGUCCAGGCACACUACGGAAUGCGGUGACCACCGUUGCAACAUAUGCAAGACCCAUUUCAAACAUCCCCACGCACUCCGUAAGCACAUAACGGCUCAUCAUACGCAAAGAUUUAGUUGUAACCAAUGUCUGUAUGUCACUACACAUAGACAAUCUGCGAGGUUACACGAGCGAUGGCAUAAAGGAACAAAAUAUAAAUGUCCUCAUUGCACCGAUGAAUUUGUCAAAUUCACAACAUAUAUGGGUCAUAUUAGAAUAAAACACCCUUCAGAUUUCGUAUGUCAACUCUGUGGGUAUUCUUUCGUAAGUGAGAAAGGCAUAAUGUUACACAAAAAGCUUAAACAUCGACAGGAAAAUAUCACGAUACCCGAAGAUGGGCCAUUAUGUGAGCUGUGUAACUUAAGGUUCAUAAACACUGAAGCUUUAAAACGCCAUACAAGCGUCUCCGCUCGCCAUCAAACCAUAGACAAACAGGAUAGAGAGCCGAACAAGCCGAAGGCGAGGAAACAAGAGAUAAGAGACAGGGAGAAGAGAAAAAGAGAUGAAGAGAGACCUGAAGGGCCUAUACCUUGUGAACAAUGCGGCGUCCAACUAGAAGAUUCCAGAGCAUACCACAGCCACUUCAGACGAAUGCACCCGGACAAGAACCGAACCAACUACCCCUCGAUGAAGUCGCCUUGCAUGUGCGAAGUGUGCGGUAGAAUGUUCCAGAGUCAAGCCCUCCUCAAAGACCACCGCUGGGUACACACGGGCGAACGUCCAUUCUCCUGUGAAUCUUGUGGCAAAUGUUUCCGUAUGAAACAACGUCUAGUGGCCCACAGACGUGUACAUAGCGAGCAAAAACCUACCUACCCGUGCCUACAUUGCGGGAAACAUUUCAGCACGCACAGCAACAGGCAGAGGCAUAUGUUCAUCCACACCGGACUGAAACCGUUCAAGUGUGAAAUGUGCGGUAAAGGGUUCAAGCACGCGAGCGAGAAGCGAGCGCAUAUCACUUACGUGCAUCUGAAGAAGCCCUGGCCAAAACGGAGUAGGGGGAAACGAAGAACUGAUGGGAGACAAUAGGGGGAAACGAGGAAGAGUAUUGGACUGUUGACGAGAACCUGCUCCUUUUGGUAGUCAGUAGACUACCAAAAGGAGUA